AUGCGGUUGAAAUCCAUCUCACAACAGUUCUACGUGUAUCGAUAUGGAGACAUGAUUAGGAAAACUUAUCAGAUGGUAACUCCAUUUCUUCAGGAGGAAGAAAAUUACUACUUAGGGAGUAUUAUAAAAGAAAGCCAAAAGAUUUGUAAGCAAAUCAGAAAAAGACAAGAGGAAAUGAGUGGUAAGAAGACAGACCUCAAAGUAAUAUACAAAGAGCUCAUGAAAAUGUCCUAUAAACCAGAUGUGGAGCUGCUCCAGGAAUUGGGAGACAAACUGAAAUGGAGCGAGUCAGCACAGCUGCACAUGCCUCAGCCUCUGCUGCCAGAACUCCGUGCACGACCCAUCACUGGGCUGAUGGACUGGCUCAACCGCUUCCGAGUAACAAUUUCAUUCCAUAAUGAAGUAAGCAGCCAGCACAUCAGGCUGUUUGAUGAUGCAAGAAGUCUGAAGUAUGAGCGUGACAGCCUCUAUGUGUCUUUGGAUGGCAGAACAUCGCAGUAUUUUGCUGCAUGGGGAUCCCGGGGCUUCACCUCUGGCAAACAGUACUGGCAGGUGGAUGUGGACGGCUCUUGGGACUGGGCUGUAGGCAUCUGUAAGGAUUCCUGGACAAGGAAGGAUGACGGCAUACUGAAGGAAUCCAACAGGGACAACUUUCUCCUUGUGUGUGUGAAGGAGGGUCAUCAUUACCGUCUCUGGACCACCAUCCCGAACACUCCUCUGUACACAGAGAAACCUCAGGGCAGGGUUGGCGUGUUCCUUGAUUUUGACAGUGGGAGUAUGGGUUUUGUGGACGUUGCCAGGCGCUCCCUCCUUUGGAGGUACGAGGAUGGCCUGUUCACUUUCCCUGUCAGGCCUUUCAUUUGCACUGGCCACAAGUGAGCAGGGCUAAGUCAGGACCUGGACUGGAUGCUCAG